AUGCGCCCGAAAAGCCGAAACGAUUUUGCGAUCGCAAUUAUCUGCGCCCUUCCCCUUGAGGCUGAUGCCAUCGAAGCCCUCUUCGAUGAAACGUACGAUCGGUUAGGCAAACACUAUGGCAAGCAACCAGGCGAUGCAAAUGUGUAUAUCAAUGGAAGAAUUGGCAAGCACCAUGCAGUCUUGUGCUACUUGCCAGGCAUGGGAAAAGAAAGCGCUGCAAGUGUUGCCUCAAGCCUACAAGUCAGCUACACUGGCAUCCAGCUUGCUUUAGUUGUUGGCAUCUGCGGUGGUGCUCCACCACCACCAAAGUAUGAUGAAAUAUUUCUUGGUGAUAUUAUCAUCAGUGACACCGUGAUGGAAUACGACUUUGGCCGACAAUACCCUGGUGGUUUCCAGCGAAAGACUGGUGUCAAGGACACACUUGGCAGGCCAGAUCGAGAAAUUCGGACUCUCCUUAAGAGCCUUCAGGCUUAUAAUUCCCACAUUGAAUUUCAGGACCAGGUACUCCAAUAUCUUCACACGCUUCAGCAAGCAGGGACAAGGUGGCAACAUCCUGAUGUUGAUGAUGUUCUUUUCAAGGCUUCCUAUCUUCAUAAGCAUCAUGGGGAGACUUCUUCUGUCAAAUGCUGCUGUUCAGAGAGUAAUGUACUGGAUAGUAUUUGCCAUGAUGCCUUAGAGACAAAUUGCAAAGAUCUUGGAUGUGAUAAUGAUCAAGUGAUCCGUCGUCGAGAGCCAAUCAAAGCAGCUAAUAUCUCUGUACAUAUUGGAACGGUUGGCUCUGCUGAUAAAGUGAUGAAAUCGGGACAAGACCGUGAUGCCAUAAGCAGAAAGGAGGAGGUCAUUGGGUUUGAGAUGGAGGGGGCAGGAGUGUGGGAUAAUGCUCCAUGUGUUGUUAUUAAAGGCGUGUGCGACUAUGCGGACAGCCACAAGAGCAAAGCAUGGCAAGCAUAUGCAGCAGCAACUGGAGCCUCAGCGGCAAAGGCUUUCUUGGAGUACUGGAGGCCGGUAAACCAUGAAGAUGUGAGCAAAAACCGUCACUUAAUGAUUCCCUUUGGAAGAAAUCCACGUUUUGUGGGCCGCCAGGAUGAAAUCCAUAAAUUAGAGGAUUUGAUUUCCAUGCCUGAUGGACCAAAAAAGCUCGCCAUUACUGGGCUAGGAGGAGUUGGGAAGACCCAGGUAGCUCUAGAGCUAGCCUACCGUAUGCGAGACAGGGAACCUGAAUGCUCAAUUUUUUGGAUCCCGUGUACUAGAUAUGAGGCGGUUGAACAGGCCUGUAUGGCCAUUGCACAAGUGAUAGGGAUCCAAGAUGUGAAGCCAGCAGAGAUGAAAGAGCAUAUCAAGGCUUACUUUAGCCAAAUGGAUGGGAAGUGGCUUCUGAUCUUUGACAAUGCAGAUGAUUUGGACAUGUGGGUGAAAGACAGCAGUACAGGCUCAGCAUUAAGGGACUUCCUUCCUUAUAACUCCCAAGGUCAUACUAUCUUCACCACUCGCAAUCGAAAGUUAGCCGUGAAACUGGCAUCCUCUGAUGUGAUACAUGUUCGCGAACUCGAUGAAAAGACUGGCAUGGAGUUUCUGGAAAAAUCACUGAUUCAAGAAAGCCUGCUUAACAAUCACCAUGCUAUGAUUACCCUUCUUGAACAGCUUACCUUCCUUCCAUUAGCUGUUACCCAAGCUGCAGCAUACAUGAACGAAAAUGGAAUAGGAGUGUCUGAUUACUUGCUGCUUCUUCAAGAACAGGAGACAGAUGUUGUGGAGCUACUAAGCGAGGAUUUUGGUGAUGAUGGACGCUACAAGGAUACCCAGAAUGUGACGGCUCACAUAUGA